CGCCACAAUACUUCCGGUGGGAAACUUAAAAGUUACAUAGUCGCUCUAUUUUAUGAAUUACUGCUGAUUUACUGAUUUAUUGCUGCUCUGCACCAUGGCAUCAAGCAAAAAUGAAAAGGGGAAGAAAGUGAUCAUUGUAGGAGGAGGAUUAGUUGGAGCCCUGAACGCAUGUUUCCUGGCUAAAAGGGGCUUCCAGGUAGAAGUCUAUGAGAGACGUCCAGAUAUAAGAACCCAGGAAGUAGUAAAGGGUCGUAGUAUAAACCUUGCACUCUCAUGUAGAGGACGUGAGGCCCUCAGAGCUGUAGGGUUAGAAGAAAAGAUUACUGGUGAGGGGAUUCCCAUGUUUGCCCGUAUGAUACACAAUCUUGAUGGGAGCAAAAAAUCUAUACCCUAUGGUAAAAGGGACCAGUCUAUAAUGUCAGUAGAUAGAAGACAUUUGAAUGAGCUGCUUUUAUCAGCUGCAGAAAAAUAUGACAAUGUGACUCUUCAUUUCAAUCACAAAAUCACAAGAUGCGACUUUGAAAAGCCCCAAGCUACAUUUUUGAGAGAAGAUGAAGGUACAACUGUAGAAGUUCCAGGAGACUUAAUCAUGGGCUGUGACGGUGCUUAUUCUUCUGUACGUCAACAGCUCAUGAAGACUACAAGAUUUGACUUCAGCCAAGAAUACAUUCCACACGGUUAUUUAGAGUUAUCCAUUCCAGCUAAUAAACAAAAUGAGUAUGCCAUGGAGUUGAACUACCUUCAUAUCUGGCCAAGGAACACAUUUAUGAUGAUUGCCCUGCCAAACCCUGAUAAAACAUUCGUUGGUACGCUAUUCAUGCCUUUCAAAAUAUUUGACUCAAUUAAAACAAACGAUGAUCUGAUGAAGUUCUUCAAAGACAAAUUCCCGGACUCAAUACCACUAAUGGGAGAAGAAGCCCUGAAAGAAUCCUACUUCAGAGUGAAGGCAUUACCCCUAGUCUCUAUUAAGUGUUCUCCUUACCAUGUGUCUGACAAAGCAGUGUUAAUGGGGGAUGCCGCCCAUGCUAUGGUGCCCUUCUAUGGACAAGGAAUGAAUUGUGGCUUUGAAGACUGCCUAGUAUUUGAUGGUAUCAUGACAAAGUACAAGAAUGACUUCUCCAAGGUCCUGCCAGAAUAUACAGACACUAGGAAUAUAGAUGCUAAAGCCAUGUGUGACCUUGCUAUGUACAACUAUAUUGAGAUGAGGGAAUCCGUUAACAGCAAAAUGUUCCUUCUCCGCAAGCACGUGGACAACAUGCUGAACUGGUUGAUGCCCAACACGUGGGUUCCUCUCUAUACAACUGUCUCCUUCACACGUAUAAGAUACCACCAGUGCAUUAGCAAUAGACAAUGGCAGGACAAAGUUCUAAAGAACACCCUCUGGGGUUCUGUAUAUGCAGCUAUUAUAGGUGGCGCCUUUGCAUUGCGCCGAACAGGUGUAACCAUGGAAACCAUUGCAGAUGUUGGAAAAGAUCUUAUUAACAACAUCUUCUUAAAGGCAUAAUGAGAAAAGAGAUUGCUGAGAAAUCACGUUAGUUUGCUGAAAAAUCACAGUCUAGGAAUACGAAUCACUGCUGAAACGGCAACUAUACACACUUAUAAUUUCACAUACAUGUGUAUAUCAAUAUACGAAUAGUAUAUCAAAUAUAC